AUGUUCAUGCUGGUGUACAUGGUUCUGUUCCUGUUUGUUGUCAUCGGCAUCUUCAACCUGAUCAUGGCCGUGUUUCUGGAUUCUGUGGUGAGUGACCAUGCUACCAGGGAGCUCCAGGAGCUUGGAUACAAGUACGAUGAGAUGGAAGAGCAAAUCUCAAACGUCAUCGCCACCCUCGCCUCGGGCCGCCGAGUGGACAUGAAGCGGGACCAGUCAAAGACGCUCUGCAGCUGGCUGUGUAGCCUUUUCGUGAGGAAGCCGCCAACUCCGAAGAAAAGCAUGCGGCUAAAUGUUCACAAGGAGAUGAACAAGGAGGUUGCGGUGACGCGAGAGGCCUUCACUCGCUGGCUGGAGUAUCCCGAGAUGGCGGAGCUGCUAACGUUCUGCAAGAUCGAGACCGCGACAAAGUAUGAUCUUUUCGACGUGCUCGAUGCCGACCUUGGCGGUCAGCUCCACUUCGACGAGUUAGUGGACGGUCUCAUGAAACUGCGUGGGCCCAUCACCAAGUCCGACGUGAUCUCUCUCCGUCUCAUGAUGAGCCAGCUGCUUCGUAGUGUGAUGCGCUUUGCGGAGAGCGCGAACACCCACGGAGCCCAAGGAGCCCAGGAGGAAAGCUGCAGAUCAACGGUGGUUUAG